AUGGCGGGCAAGAAUUGGGGAAAGCAGACGCCUGUUCCGGUUCCGUCGAAGCAGUAUAGUCGCUCUUACUACCGUCAAUUCGUUGGAAGCGCUUUGUUUUGCUUAGCGGGUUUGGCUUUCUUACGUCAUGUCAGCGUUCCUACAUCAUCGUCAUGGCAGCUCCCAUCUCGUUCAGGCGAUGCCAACUCGAAAGCGCAAUGUCCGCAGGUCGAACCCUUGUUUCCAGCGAGGAAGACGAAAGAGUUGGAUGAGAUGGAGAGUUACCUGGCCUCCGAUGCUUUCCGAGACGUCGCCAUCGAGCGCCUAUCAGGCGCCGUCAAGAUCCCCACGCAAAGCUACGACGACAUGGGCGAAAUUGGAUCCGACCCGCGCUGGGACAUCAUGUACUCUUUUGCCGACUACCUUGAGAAGACUUUCCCGUUGACGCACGCGACAUUGCAGUUGGACAAGGUCAACACGCAUGGCUUGCUGUAUACGUGGGCUGGCACGGAUGCGAGCUUGAAGCCUAAUCUGCUCAUGGCGCAUCAGGAUGUUGUGCCUGUUCCGGACUCUACGGUUAAGCAGUGGACGUAUCCUCCGUUUUCUGGUCAUUACGAUGGGAAGUUUGUUUGGGGUAGGGGUGCAAGUGAUUGCAAGAACCAGUUGUUGGCUAUCUUGAACAGCGUUGAGGCGUUGAUCUCUGCUGGGUUUACUCCUCAGCGAACAUUAAUCCUAUCGUUUGGUUUCGACGAGGAGAUCUCUGGUCGCGAAGGCGCAGGCCAUCUUUCACAGUACCUAUUGAAGAAGCUCGGCCACAACUCCAUCGCCGCCAUCAUCGACGAAGGCGCCGUAAACGUCGAAAGCUGGGGUGCAAACUUCGCCACCCCAGGAGUAGCCGAGAAAGGCUACAUCGACGUGGACAUCGUGGUGCGCAUGCCUGGCGGCCACAGCAGUAUCCCUCCUGCACACAACGGCAUUGGCGUAGCCAGCGAGCUCAUCACCUUAAUCGAAGCAAACGCCUACGAGCCCCACCUCGCAGACGAGAACCCAUACCUAGGCCUCCUCCAAUGCGGCGCCUCCCACGCCCCAGACUUCCCACACCACCUCGGCAAACUCCUAGACAAGCGCUCUAAACGCAGUCUAACAUGUUCGAAGAAGUCCUCGAAAGAUGCCCUCGCCCUUGAAGCAGCAAAAGCAGGUCCAGGAAUAAAAUACCUCUUCACAACCUCCGUAGCCGUCGACAUAAUCCACGGCGGCGUGAAAACAAACGCCCUGCCCGAGCGAACCCAAAUCACAGUAAACCACCGUAUAAACGUCGGUUCCAGCUCCUCAGCCGUGAAGACGCACAUUGCCUCCCUCGCCGCCCAAGUCGCGCAAAAACACAACCUCACCCUCCACGCCUUCAACGGCACCGAGACACCCUCGAGUAUAACCCUCUCCCACGGCCCCACCAUGCUCGAGCCCGCGCCCGUAACACCCACAUCCCUGGAAUCAACCUCGCACUCAAACAAAACAGCAACGCCCUACCAGAUCCUGUCCGGCACAACCCGUGCCCUCUACGGAAAAGAUCUGCUUGUGAGUCCUGGUAUCAUGACUGGAAAUACCGAUACGCGGUAUUAUUGGGACUUGAGUGAGAAUAUAUUUCGGUUGGGAUAG